AUGACCAGAUCAUCUAAGGGUGACCUAAUUGAUUUAGAUCCAGAAAUUGAUAGAACCCUUAGGCGACAAGCAAGAGAACUUAGAUCUCAAGAUAGGGCAGUGACUAAUAGUGUCUUUCCCAUUGUUUCUGAUACUGUGUUUGAGUUCCAACCUAAACUGAUCAAUAUGGCCGCCAAUGAAAACAAUGGCAAUGAGAAUAGGAAUAAUGGGAAUAAUGCUAACAGAACUAUUAGAGAAUUGGCUGCCCCUGAUGUGCAUUAUCAACCCUUGUGCAUUCAGUAUCCUCAAUUGGAGGCAAACUUUGAACUGAAAUCUGGAUUGAUACAUUUGCUUCCCAAGUUUCAUGGUCUUGCAGGUGAAGAUCCACACAAGCAUCUAAAGGAGUUUCAUGUGGUAUGCUCCACCAUGAGGCCACCAGGGGUUGAUGAAGAACAAAUAAAGCUAAGGGCAUUCCCUUUCUCUCUUGAUGGAGCUGCCAAAGAUUGGCUGUAUUACUUGCCACCUGCUGCCAUUACCAAUUGGGAUGGCCUGAGGAGAAUAUUUCUGGAGAAGUUCUUCCCUGCUUCUAGAACAGCAGCCAUCCGGAAGGACAUUUGUGGCAUCCGACAGAUAGGUGGAGAAAGCUUGCAUGAGUAUUGGGAGAGAUUCAAGAAGUUAUGUGCUAGUUGUCCUCAUCAUCAGAUAAGUGACCAGCUCCUCAUUCAAUAUUUUUAUGAAGGCUUACUCCCCAUGGACAGGUAUUUAGUGGAUGCUGCAUCUGGAGGAGCCUUAGUGGAAAAGACACCAGUUGCAGCUCGGGACUUAAUUUCAAAGAUGGCUCAAAAUGCACAACAAGUUGGUACUAGGUUGAACACUCCCAUGAAGACUGUCAAUGAGGUUGGUUUUGCUGCACCUAUGGACCAAAGGAGAAUAGAAAAUAGGCUGGAGGAACUCACUUCAAUGGUUCGCCAGUUAGCCCUUGAUCGAAACCAGCCCCAGCAGGUAUGUGGCAUUUGUUCAUUAUCUUCACAUGUAGCUGAUCAGUGCCCACAAUUGCAGGAUAACACAGAAUCAUGCAAUGGAAUCUUCCCUGGAAGACCGUUUCAGCACCAGCCACAACAGAGUAGGUAUGAUCCCUAUGCUCCCACCUAUAAUCCGGGCUGGAGAGACCAUCCCAACUUCAGAUAUGGGGGUGCCUCAACUCAACCAUUCCAACAGAGGUUCAAUGCACCAGGUCAAAGGAAUGCCACACCAAUGAAGCAACAAGCACAGACAUUACCCAAGACAGAACCGAGCUUGAAUGACAUAGUGCAGCAAUUGGCUGCCAAUACUCUCAAAUUCCAACAACGGACUGACACCACCAUACAGAAUUUGGAGACACAGAUUGGGCAGUUAGCAACUAACAUAAAUGAGCUAAGGAGUCAAGGUUCGGGUCAGCUACCUUCACAGCCAAUAUCCAAUCAAAAGGAAAAUGUGAGUGUGAUCAUACUGCGUAGUGGUAAAGAAGUGAAUGCUCCAGAGAAGGCACAAGAAGAAACUGGUAGAAAAGAAGAGUCGCAGCCCCUCUCAAUUCAAAGGGCCAAGCAGCACAUCAACAAUGAUCAGGACAAGGGAGAACACCCCUACAACAAUCCAUUGCCUUUUCCCCAUAGAGCCACUCAAAACAAGAAGAGGGCAGAAGCUGAGUUGGAUAAGGAGAUCAUGGAGACUUUCCAGAAGGUCGAAGUCAAUAAACCACUCUUGGAGGCCAUCAGACAGAUUCCCAAGUAUGCCAAGUUUCUCAAAGACUUGUGCACCCACAAGAGGAAGCUGAAGGGAAAUGAGCAGGUCAACCUUGGAAGGAAUGUCUCAGCCCUAAUCCAGCCCGCCAUGCCUUUGAAAUGCAAAGAUCCAGGGACGUUUACCAUUCCUUGCACUAUAGGAGAGAUGCAAUUCACAAAUGCUUUGUUAGAUUUAGGUGCUUCCAUUAAUGUAAUGCCUAAGUCUGUUUAUGCAUCCUUGCAGGUUGGCCUAUUGAAAUCCACAUGA